AUGUAUCUCUCAUUUGGCACUCGAAAACUUACUCCUUUUGUUCCAACUACUUUUGCCGUAAGUUGCCAGUCAUGCAAAAAUGAUGAUGCGAAUAAUACUGGUACCGUCUCAAACCGAUACUCAUCUCGUCUCUCCAGCCUAGUAAACUGGCGUCUGGGCACUAGCUUUCGGUUACUAACCCUGACUAGACCCACUUCAUACUACACUAGUUGGUCAAAUCAACAUGAAGUAUCUCAGCUCAACUAUACACAAUCAAAAGUCGACGCCGAUCUCGACAGCUCCCUAUUUAAGGACACUGUACAUCAAAAGCAAUCUCUUUCUUCUACUUCCGUGAUUGUAGGCGCAAAGACUUUACCAUCGCCUCUUCUCAGUUCAGACUCCCAAAUGGUUACCAAUUCAUCACUUGUGGUCACCAGUCAGUUGAUCGGUGAGACAUCUCUUCCCGUUAACCCUUCUGAUAUUGCCUGUUUUGGUGGUAAAAAAAAAUUGCACACUAUCCAUUCGACUUCUCAACAAGUUACUUCUGAUGCUUAUCAUAUUGACUCCACCAAUAUUCAGAAUUGUAAUGUCUCUGAAAACUCCAUCAGGCAUUUUACUUCUUCUACUGCGGCCCCCAAUUUCGUAUCAGUCUCUCACUCAGUCAAUAUCAAUAGCGUAGCUUCUUCCGCAAUGCAAGCUUCGCCUUCGCUAUCAUCCACUGCCUAUUUGCCUGGUUCCGAGGUAUCGACAUGUACUUCCGUCCCGACUUUAUUAUCUUCAAUCUUAACGCAGCCAGCUACGGUGAGACGUCAGCUGUGGUCAAGAAAUAAGGAAGUUGGCGGGGCCAUGAGAAAAUGGUAA